AUGUACAGAAAUAUAAAACCACAUUACUUCUCAAUCGAUGCCAUAAUGGCUGCUCAAGAAAAAAUUCAAUGUUCAUUUAUUAAAAAAGUUGAAUGUGUUGAUUUUUUAGAUUCAAUUAACCCUGAAAAAGACGACGAAGAAUCAGAUCCAAAAAUUGAACUUCCCUUGUGGAUGAUUCAAGUGCUUUUAGCAGGAAAAUCAAUUCAAUUUGAUAUGCCCAAGGCAUAUAACGAAAUUUACAGGGAUGUCUUAACAGCCGAUGCGAAUGUAGUUGAUUUAUUUAAAUUAUGUAAGCAUUUCUAUUUAUUUGGAAAAUUUUUAUCUCAAUUGGAACAUCGAGAAGCAUAUGAAGUCCGAAGAACACUAAUUCAAACAUUCAUUGACAGAUUUAAACAGACAAUGGAUUGGGCACAAAAUAUAGAUGACAAUCUGCCAUGCUUUAAUAGACUUGACUGUCUUGAGAGGUUGAUAUUUAAUGAGGCUCGAGUAGCGCAGCAACAUUUAAAUACUUAUUUAACCGAAGGAUCAGGUCAAAUGGAAAUUGCUGCCAUGAUAUUGAAUUACAGAAAACGAAAAAUGCAUGAAAGUCGUGUACUAGAAUAA